GAAAAACGACCUAGGCGAAGAAAAGGUGUUGCGCCUGUGUCGUGUGCCCCUGCAAUUGCAAGUUAGCAACGUUUUAAGGAGAAUUGAGAGAGCUAAAAGCAAAAGCAAAUGGUGAUGAAGAUGACGAGACUCUUACUGCUGCUAAAACCCUUCACUGUAUCUCCACCACGGUCCCACACCCCCCCUCAGAUCGUACAGUUCUUGGAGAAUAGGCGUAAGGUCCACCAUGAUGCAAUAAACUUUUGUCAAGCUAUUCUGCAAAAAAAGUCAGUUGAAUGGAAAGCUGUACUGCGUAACAAUUUUUCACCACCCAUCAAUGAUGUGGAUCUAGUUGUUACAGUUGGUGGUGAUGGAACUCUUCUACAGGCUAGCCAUUCAUUGGAUGACAAAAUUCCUGUUCUUGGAGUGAAUUCUGACCCUACACGUAUUGAUGAGGUGGAGCAAUUCAGCAGUGAAUUUGAUGCUACCAGAAGCACAGGCCAUCUUUGUGCUGCUACUGUUGAAAACUUUGAACAAGUUUUAGAUGCUGUACUUGAAGGUCAAUUUCUUCCUUCCGAAUUAACAAGGUCCAUGAUAUCUGUUAACGCACGACACUUGUCAACUUAUGCUCUCAAUGAUAUCUUAGUUGCACAUCCAUGUCCUGCCUCGGUUUCCAGGUUCUCAUUCAGAAUCAAAGAGGGUGACAAGCCAUGUUCCCCUCUCGUUAACUGCAGAUCAAGUGGUCUACGUGUUUCAACAGCUGCUGGUUCAACUGCUGCAAUGCAUUCAGCAGGUGGAUUUCCAAUGCCAAUUUUAUCUCGGGAUCUCCAGUACAUGACAAGGGAGCCUAUUUCACCCAGGGCAGCCUCAGAUCUUAUGCAUGGAUCGAUCAAACAUGAUCAGACAUUAGUUUCUACAUGGACCUGUAGAAAAGGUCUGAUAUAUAUUGAUGGUUCUCAUAUCUAUCAUACCAUCCAAGAUGGGGAUAUCAUUGAGAUAUCUUCCAGAGCACCAGUUCUGAAAGUUCUAUUGCCUCGUCAUCUGUUAUAGUUAGAGAAGAUGACAACUAAAUUUCACGGCAUAUGCUCAUCGGGAGAAUAAGCAAAUUUUGCUGGAGUAUUAGUGCUUUUAGUGAAAAAUAUAGGCCAAAUGAGCUGACAUAAGCUUGCAAUGUUCCCAUUCGUUAGUAAGGGUUGGGCUACAAAUGCAAUUCAGAAUCUCAUGCAUUAAUAUCAUGGCCUUACAUUUGAAGCUGACUUGACUUUAGAUUUUGGAGGUUAAAGUAUCCUAUGUAAGCAUCACUCAUAAGCUCCAAGGGGAGUGUAUAUUUCAUAAUGGAAUGUCUUGUGGUUCAUGGGGCAUUUUUCUACUCAGUGCGUCUCAACUUUUAUCUUUUAUAGUGGAUGAGAGAGCCUUGUUACACCCUUCCCCUUUAUUAAAGCUAAAAACAGGCCCAGCUUGGAGAUGCUAUUGUAUUUUGUUACUGAUAGCUUCCUGUAAAGAAUGUUCUUGCAAUGGAUAUGCACGACCAAAUAUGCCAGUCCACUACCAACCAGAUUAUGUGCUGCCACUGCCUAUUGAUUUGGAUCUUACAUAAUACAUAGUAACAUUUUUUUAUGCAAUUUCUGGGCUGAUGUAGGAAUAUAUCACAAUCAAACCUUACACACCAUUGGAAUUCUAGAGUCAAUGCAAUCUUUACCCUUAUUUUGUUAACUGAGAAUGUGCGAUCUUUUACGGAUUGGAUCUGGUUUCUGUAACAUCAGGUUCAAUACAGCACAGCCUUGGAGCUU